AUGCCUUGCUGUGAAGGUGUUAUGGGUGCUGAGGUGAUGAGGGAGAGCAGUCCAGGUGUAUGUGGAGGAGGAGAGAUGCUCCAGCCUUGUUUGGUAUCCCCGGGAGACAGGUGUACAGUUGAGGGUAAGAACACUACCUGCUGUGAACUCAUUAGGCCCCAAUUGGUUGGGGUCUACCCCUGGCACUGGAUUGUACACUGCACUGACAACAGCCUUUGGGACUAUUAAAAAAGAACAAAAACUAGAACAAAAGAUAGUGUGCCUCGGAACUCACCUAUUUCAAGGUAG